AUGUCCCAAUGCAAAGCCAAUUGCGGUUUCUUUGGAAAUGAUCAAUUUGAAGGCUAUUGUUCCUCUUGUCACAGAACCAUCGUCAAGAAGGAAAUUCCUCAAGUAAAACCCCAACCACCUAAAUAUGUUCCGCCAACACCUACCUUUUCUAAUGAUGCAGAAUUUCAAGUCUUGAUCAAGUUGGUCAAACAAAUGAAAGAUAUUACUGCCCGAAAGAUUGAUAUUGUUCUACAAACGAUGGAGGUGUAUCUCACUGAAAAACAAGCUCGGAAAUUACUCAAUGAAAUCGGUCGGGAAAGUUUGAAUGGAAUGGGUAAUAAUUUUAUAUUUCAUCAUGCGGUGUAUUGUCGAGUGGUGGAUCGACAUCACUUACGAGAGGCAUACGGAGCGGAGGGAUAUUAUUAUGUUGAGGAAGGAAAGGCUCCACCAGAUCACUAUAAAAUAUGGGAUCAUCAACACUCGUUCCUGGAUCUGCAAUAA